AUGUACGUGGCGUUUACGCUCUCUCGCGAACAACUUACUAUCGCGCUUUUCCCUUUACUCGCGGUGCAGCGUUUUUUAUCCUUCCACGUGUCUUUGAUACAAAUAAAUGGACCAAAGUUGGUGGACCAAGAUGUGCUGCUGCGUUUCGUCAGAUGGAUGGAUUAUUUCAUCUUUUGUUCGACAAUACUUUCGUCAUUCCUACAAGUUUACGUAUUAAAGCAGGCAAAUCGAAAUAUUCGACGAGAAGCUAGUGAUCAUUGCUUACACGUGUUCCUAUUCAGUAUGACCAUGGGUGAUUUCAUACAGACAGCGCUUUGCUAUCCAAUUGAGGCAAUUGCUCGAAUACUGGACAUCAGGGACGAGCUUCCGAUGAUUCUAAACGUGACAGUGCAUUUCCUUACUUGGGUGUCGCUUUCCGGGUCAAGUCUGAGCCUCAUUCUUCUCAAUUUCGACAAACUGCUCUACUUCAAAUAUCCUUUAAGCGAAAUGGCGGAUACGGCCACUGCUCGUCACUUCACGGUCUGUGUGAAGGCACCCUGCGUGAACGUCGCUGCUACACGUCUUACGUCACACGCCGCCGUGGGAUCUCAUCAGCGCUACUCGUGUGGACAUGUUGUGUUAUCUUUGUCGCCGGAGCUUGGUAUUUUGAGUGCUUCAAGUGAGUCAUUAGUAAGCCCACUCGAAAUGUAUGCGAAGAGAACUGCAGUACAAUUUAUCUGCUACCCGAACGUUGGGGAAUGUAUCUACUGUUCUCUGUACGUCCAACCUUAA